UGUCCCGGGAGGGUUGGGCAGGGAGGGUGGGUGAGAAGGGCUCCUGUGGUGCCCCUGCCUGUCUCUGUGACAUCUCACUGCAGGCGGCACGCAGGAUGCUGAACCAGAGGCGCACGAAGGUGGUGCUGGCCCUGUGUCUGCUGCUGGCCCUGUGGCAAUGUUUCCGAGCCCUCAUGGAUGACCUCGGCCCUGUCCCUUGGGCCCCCUCCCUCCUGCACACCCCUGGAGUCCCCUGCCCUGCCAGAGCCAACAACUCCGCGUGGUUCAACGAGCGCUACGAGGCGGCCGCAGGGCCCCUACUGACGGGGGCAGCCCAGGAGCUCUCUGCAGACGUGGUUCAGUGGUGGCUGACCCUGCAGGGUCCCAUGAAUGGUGUCCAGCUCCAGGCCAUAAUUUGGCAGCUCUUCAGCGUCCUCCGAGCCCCGACGGGUGACGUGUUGGACCCCCCUCGCUGCAGGACUUGUGCAGUGGUGGGGAACUCGGGGCGGAUGAAGGGGUCCAGCCAUGGGCUGCUAAUUGAUGCUCAUGACUGGGUGCUGAGGAUGAACAGAGCAAAGGUUGCUGGCUUUGAGCUGGAUGUUGGCACAAGAACAACCCAUCACUUCAUGUACCCAGAGAGUGCAGUGAACCUUGGGCCUGGCGUACACCUCGUCCUUGUCCCCUUCAAGCCCCUGGACCUGCAGUGGGUGACCAGUGCCUUCUCCACCGGAGAGAUCACACGCACGUAUGUGAGAGUCAGACAGUUCAUCAAAGCUGACAGAAACAAGGUGCUGAUCCUGAGCCCAGCAUUCCUCAAGUACAUCCAUGACAAGUGGACGCAGCAUCACGGGCGCUACCCCUCCACCGGCUUCACAGCCCUGCUCUUUGCCCUGCACACCUGCCAGCAGGUCUCCGUGUUUGGCUUCGGAGCAGACAGUGAAGGGAACUGGCACCACUACUGGGAGGAAAACCACGGGGCCGGAGCCUUUCGCAGGACGAGGGUCCACGAUGCCGACGUCGAAUUCAGCAUUAUUGAGAGACUGGCAGAUGAAGGCAGGAUUUUAUUCUACAAAUGAGGCAUUUCCAAGAAACUGAAGCCAGGCUGUUGGGACAGGAACAGGCAGCCCCUGUAUUGCCAGCAGCUCCAAUACUUGCUGCUCCACUCCACCCAACCUGGGCUCACAGA